AUGCUCCCCCUGUCAGGGGUGAAGGAGAAUUUUGACUCAAGAGAAAUGCAGGAAAUAGAAGAUGGAAUGUAUGUUCGUGUUAAUGGACACUUGAAAGUCUUUCGAGGUGUUCGACAAAUAGUUGCCUUCUCCGUGAGGUAUGGUAUAAAAGAUGUUCCUUUUAAUUUCAGACAACUCUUGGAUAGAAUGCAUAUCUUAUGUCUUUUAUAUUUGUUCAUGGUGUAUUUACAUUCAUUAAAGCUGCAAGGAAAUUCUGCAACUCAACCUGAGUCUGUGGACUCAUCUCUUAGCACUCCUGUGCGGAGUGGGUCAAGUGGAUACCAGACAGCCCCAUCAAACCAAUUCUAUGGGCAAGUUAGCGUUGGUGGGAUAAAGGGCUGUGAUCAGUUGGUCCUCGACUAUCUGCAGCAGCAUUCAAGCAUUGGAAAAGAAAAGGGGAUACACAGAGAUGAACUUUCCCAGCACCUGAAAGUCCCUGUGGAAAAGAUAUUGGAAGCAAUCAGGUCUCUUGAAGAGGAAGGCUUAAUAUAUUCCACGAUUGAUGAGUUUCACUACAAGUCAGCAGCAUAUUUUGACUUUGUGCUGCUACGGUUGGAAAGGAAAGUAACUUAUAUGAAUGUUGUGAUGUAUAUUUCUCUUUUAAUAUCUUUUUAUGUCCAUUUGGAUGGGUUUAGUACCAAAGUUCAAACAAUUACAUUUGUUUUGUUUAAUCAAAAGCGCUACUCUUCCAGCCAAAAAAUAUUCUGGAUUGAACAUUCAAGGAAAGAUAACACUGCCUGCCUAGCCAUUGAAUAUGAAGAUCCGAGGUUGAUAAAGGUUGCGUCUAUGUAUUAUUUGUCACUCUAA